UGCAAAUACUCUUUGCUUUGCGGACAACAGUCGAGCUGCAGGGAACCUGAAAAGAGCCUCCAGAGCCUUUAGAUAUUGAACAGUGGGGACAAUACCCGCCCGCCAAAAAAUGUCAACCGCUCCCCAAACGUUAGAGGAGCUUAGCCAUGUCUUGACCUCAGCCCCCUCUGCUGCCGCUCUUCUCCAGGCUCUCAUGGACGCUGAGGGAGAAAUUAGCUUACGGUUUGGUGAGACGCAUGUGCCUAGUGACACAGAGUUCCUGCGGACGUACUAUUCGGCUUAUUUCUACGCGCUCCUCUUGCGGGACGAAAUCAAUGAAGCGCGUAUGUUGAUGCAGAGGAUACCGCAGAGUCUAAUAAGCGCAGAUGUCGUUUUGCAGAAUACAUUGACUUUGCUGCGAGCAGUCUGGAACAAAAAGCAUGCUACGGUCUACCAAGUACUGAGAGAGUCAGCCUGGCCAGAUAUGCUUCAGCCUCUGGCCGAAACUUAUGUCGCUUACUUCCGUGACAAGACGCUGGGCGAGCUCAGCAUCACUUACGGAGCCAUCCGACCUGAGACCGCGGCUUUAUACCUCGGCUUCAAUCUUAGCUCAGCGGAAAAUGACGCAAUGGGAGAUAUUCCAGAUUCGGCCACUUCAGAAUUGAUUGCAGCCUUAGUGGAAAAAGGGUGGGAGUAUGAUUCGGAUACAAAGCUAUUGAAGCCGGUGCCCCGUCCCGUCUCUGGCGGCACUGAGUUAGACCAAGUCAAAAUUGGGAAACUGGCGGCGCUUUUGGGGAAUUAUGGCGGCUGAGCCAUGGAUUUGUGUGGAUAUUCAUUCAAUGAAAGAAGGGGGCCAUGAAUCGUACGAGGCACGUGCCUCCGAUCCUUUGCCAACAACGGCAUCUUACAUUAUCGGGCAAUAUGCGAGAGGGAAAGCCGAUUGCCGCGAAACCAAUUGCCGUGUUGUAGACCACUGGUUUGCCGGCAAUUGGGCUCUUGUUCUAGAGGGAAGAGACAAUCGCUUCACUGACACCAGAUCAACAACAAUGCGACCUGUAAGUCAGGCGCACGGUAUUAAGAGAUACCCAAUGAUAUGUACAACAGAAAAAUGAAAUCUAUUGAUCUGGUACCCCUUUUUGUCGGUCCAAGGAGGAGAUCUUUAAAUGAUACAAAUAGUACAAAAUGGAUAUUCUCUCCGCCUGCAAAUUGACGUCAGGCCGAUCAGAAUUGCUGUGAUAUCCGCCCCGGAUUCAUCCGCUGGUUCCUUUGCGCGUUUCAUCUCAAACCUCAUCGACAUUCAAGUUCGCACCUCUGCUCUAUUUUUCACCAGCUUUCAUCUUCAAGAAGGCUUCUAG